GAAAAGCAUCAAAAUAAAUCCACUCCACAUUUUAUUCAAGAGCAAUACAUAGUUAUAUUUUUAUAAUAUUAUAUUACAGAGAAAGAGUAGCUAAUUUUUAAUAGUGUACAGUUUAAACUGUUGAUCAUGGCUAUGCAGUGUCAACUAUGGAUGGGCAGCCUGGAGCCAAAUAUGACGGAAAGUUUUAUAAUGGCUGCUUUUCAUCGGAUGGGUCAACGUCCAUUGGCUGUUAAAGUUAUGAGAAACAAGUUCUCUGGCGAACCGGCGGGAUACGCAUUUGUUCACUUUCAGACCGAUGAAGGUGCAAUGGAUGCUAUGCAUAAACUAAAUGGGAAACCAAUUCCUGGCACAUUUCCUGUUGUUCGCUUCAGACUGAACACGGCUUCAAGGGAGGCUAGAGCAAACAUGCAACAAGAAAGAGAGUUCUCUGUGUGGGUCGGAGACCUGAGUCCUGAUGUAGAUGAUUACUCUUUGUACAGAGUAUUUGCUGCAAAAUAUUCUUCUAUAAAAACUGCAAAAGUAAUACUGGAUAGUUCAGGCUAUACAAAAGGCUAUGGAUUUGUCAGAUUUGGCAAUGAGGAUGAACAACGUAAUGCUCUGUAUGCAAUGAAUGGAUAUACAGGACUGGGAACAAAACCGCUUAAAAUAUGCACGGCAGUACCUAAACCAAAGGGACCAACUACUACUCAAAAUCAACCUACCACUGUUACUACAACUCCCACAUACAGUAGUGGGGCGGAAUACAACCAUUAUUACGAUCCAUCAGCCUACUGGCAAAAUUACUCAGCCUGGUCAGGUUACUAUGGACAGGACCAGUCUGCCGCUGUACAGGCAACACCUGUAGUAGACACUACACAAGCAGCUCUGAAGGCUCAAAAUGACGAAUUGGCUCUUGUUGAUCACAAAAAAGUCAUUGACAUAGAUCAAUUGAAUCAAGAAUUCUUAGAUCCUGAAUUAUCGUUGUGGGACGCACUGGAAUCAUCUCAGUGGUUUCCUCAUGAAGUUAUUAAUCAUUGUUAAUACUUUGUAAUUAUACAUAAAUAACAAUAUAAUUAUUAAUAAAAUAACUUUAAGACUUAAA